CGGCCCGCGGCCCCACGCCGCGCAGGACGGCAUGGCCGCGGCCAGCUUCGGCAAGAUCCAGAUCGGCAUCUACGUGGAGAUCAAGCGCAGCGAUGGCCGAAUACAUCAAGCUAUGGUAACAUCUUUGAAUGAAGAUAAUGAAAGUGUAACUGUUGAGUGGAUAGAAAAUGGAGAUACGAAAGGCAAAGAGAUUGACUUGGAGAGUAUCUUUUCACUUAACCCUGACCUUGUACCAGAAGAAGAAAUUGAACCCAGUCCAGAAACACCUCCACCUCCAGCAUCCUCAGCCAAAGUAAACAAAAUCGUUAAGAAUCGACGGACUGUGGCUACUGUUAAAAAUGACCCUCCUCCAAGAGAUAAUCGAGUCAUUGGUUCUGCGCGUGCACGGCCUAGUCAGCUUCCUGAACAGUCUUCCUCUGCACAACAGAAUGGUAGUGUUUCAGAUAUAUCUCCAGUUCAAGCUGCAAAAAAGGAAUUUGGACCUCCUUCACGUAGGAAAUCUAAUUGUGUAAAAGAAGUAGAAAAAUUGCAAGAAAAGCGAGAAAAAAGGAGACUGCAACAGCAAGAACUUAGAGAAAAAAGAGCACAGGAUGUUGAUGCUACAAACCCAAAUUAUGAAAUUAUGUGUAUGAUCAGAGACUUUAGAGGAAGUUUGGAUUAUAGGCCAUUAACAACAGCAGAUCCGAUUGAUGAACAUAGGAUAUGUGUUUGUGUAAGAAAACGGCCACUCAAUAAAAAAGAAACUCAAAUGAAAGAUCUUGACGUAAUCACAAUUCCUAGUAAAGAUGUUGUGAUGGUACACGAACCUAAACAAAAAGUAGAUUUAACAAGGUACCUAGAAAACCAAACAUUUCGUUUUGAUUAUGCCUUCGAUGACUCGGCUCCUAAUGAAAUGGUUUACAGGUUUACAGCUAGACCUCUAGUGGAAACUAUAUUUGAAAGGGGAAUGGCUACUUGCUUUGCUUAUGGGCAGACUGGAAGUGGAAAAACUCAUACUAUGGGAGGCGACUUUUCAGGAAAGAACCAAGAUUGCUCUAAAGGAAUUUAUGCAUUAGCAGCUCGAGAUGUUUUUUUAAUGCUAAAGAAGCCAAACUAUAAGAAGUUAGAACUUCAAGUAUAUGCAACCUUUUUUGAAAUUUAUAGUGGAAAGGUGUUUGACUUACUAAACAGAAAAACAAAAUUAAGAGUCCUUGAAGAUGGAAAACAGCAGGUUCAAGUGGUGGGAUUGCAGGAACGGGAAGUUAAAUGUGUUGAAGAUGUCCUCAAACUCAUUGACAUAGGCAACAGUUGCAGAACAUCUGGUCAAACAUCUGCAAAUGCACAUUCAUCUCGGAGCCAUGCAGUUUUUCAAAUUAUUCUCAGGAGGAAAGGAAAACUACAUGGCAAAUUUUCUCUCAUUGACUUGGCUGGAAAUGAAAGAGGAGCUGAUACUUCCAGUGCAGACAGGCAAACUAGACUUGAAGGUGCUGAAAUUAAUAAAAGCCUUUUAGCACUCAAGGAGUGCAUCAGAGCCUUAGGUAGAAACAAACCUCAUACUCCUUUUCGAGCGAGUAAACUCACUCAGGUGUUAAGAGAUUCAUUCAUAGGUGAAAACUCUCGUACCUGCAUGAUUGCCACAAUCUCUCCAGGAAUGGCAUCCUGUGAAAAUACUCUUAAUACAUUAAGAUAUGCAAAUAGAGUAAAGGAGUUUGGAAUUAGUCCAUCAGACAUACCCUUCUCACAGGGUAGUGGCAGUCGCCCUGAUCUCUCUCCUUCUUAUGAGUAUGAUGACUUUUCUCCUUCAAUUACCAGGGUGAAAGAAUUGACUGUGGAUCCAUCAGCUGCUGGCGAUGUUCGUCCAAUAAUGCACCAUCCACCAAGUCAAAUUGAUGACUUAGAGGCACAAUGGGGUGUUGGCAGUUCCCCUCAGAGAGAUGAUCUAAAACUUCUUUGUGAACAAAAUGAAGAAGAAGUUUCUCCACAAUUGUUUACUUUCCAUGAAGCUGUGUCACAAAUGGUAGAAAUGGAAGAACAAGUUGUAGAAGAUCACAGGGCCGUGUUCCAGGAAUCCAUUCGAUGGUUAGAAGAUGAAAAAGCACUCCUAGAGAUGACUGAAGAAGUAGACUAUGAUGUCGAUUCAUAUGCUACACAACUUGAAGCUAUUCUUGAACAAAAAAUAGAUAUUUUAACUGAGCUACGGGAUAAAGUGAAGUCUUUCCGCGCAGCUCUACAAGAAGAAGAGCAAGCUAGCAAGCAGAUCAACCCGAAGAGACCCCGUGCCCUUUAAGUUGGCAUUUGCUGUCAAAAGAUCCCCAGACCCCACAGUUGUUCAUGUACCAUGGGUCAGCUCUAAGGGCCAUUUGAAAGUUUGAAAUUUUAAGUGUCAUGGAAAAGUCUUGUCCCUUCACCUGAAUGACAUUUCAAUGUUGUGAAACACUCCUUUGUCUACAAAAUACAUCUAGUGCAGGAGGCACACCAAGAUUUGGGGAUACUGAUGUAUUUUAUUUCAUUUACCCAAAUAAGUGAUUUACUUUUGGAAAUCGUUGCCAAUUUUAUUUUCUAUAUAUUGAAGUAAGAGUGUGGAACUGAUCCAGAGGUGAAUAGUAAGGGCAAACAAAAUAAAAAGGCAUUUCCUUUUAACAUGGUUCGAUUUUCGUAGUGAGACUGAGCAGUUUUAAAUCCUUUGCGUGCAUGCAUACCUCAUCAGUGAUUGUACAUACCUUGCCCAUUUCUAGACAGCUGUGCUUUAUGCCUUGACUAAGGAUGUUGACCCUUUCUGAAGCACAGUCAGGAUAAAUUACAUUCCUUAAUUGUUUCUGUAAAUUACCUUUAUUGUGUGUACAUUUAUACUGUGUUUGAAACAUUUUUUGUGUGUUAUAGUUAAUUUUGCAGGAUGUGCCAUAUCAUUGAAUGGAACUAAAGUCUGUGACAGUGGACAUAGCUGCUGGACCAUUCCAUCUUAUAUGUAAAGAAACCUGGAAUUAUGAUUUAAAAACCAUACAAUGUGGGUUUUUAAUUUUCUUAGCAUUUUAUUUGUAAAGAACUAAAAUAUGAACUAGUUGGUGUAUAAUAAAAAGUAAUGAAAUUCUGAGAAGAGUUUUAUCUUAGGAUAAUACAUAUAUAAUGCAGUGUGUGUUCCAGUGUGGUAUUAACAAGACUAAUAGUGCAAUUUGAUCCUUACCAAUACCAUUAUUUAAGUUGGAAGUGUUCAUUAGCACCCAAAAAUGUACCUUUUAAAUCUACUGUGAAAGGAAAUUGGCUUCUGAUGCAUGAACAAUGUAUAAUGAAAGUAGUCCAUAAUAGAACUGUUAGUUUAAGCCAGUUGUAGGCAAUAUGUAACACCCUUAAAAAGGAAAUAAGCUGUGAGUUGACUAAUUUGCCAUGAGGUAGAUCUAACCCAAGCUCCAUUCAUUACCAAUUGUAUAUUUCACCAUUAUUUGGUGAAAAUGAGCGAUUUUUCGCAUAAAUUGGUAUGGGUAUGCUAUUUUAUAAAUAGUGGCACUUAUUUUACACGUUGCUAUUCCAAGAAAGAAAACUGGCCAGUUUUAAUGUAAAUAUUUUGCUAAAAGAUUUAUGUAUCUCUCUAGGAGUUUUUCCUGCAAUUCCCAGGAUAGAAUCCAGGAGUAGAUUAACAACAGAAGUCUCUCAAGGAUAUAUCUUGUUUUAAUUGCGGGGAAAUUUUAGCUCAUCAUCUGAGCCAGAAGGAAGCUAUGAAUAGUCACAUGAGCCAGAUUCCCUACUUCACUCACUGUUCAUAGAACUCAGAGGGUAUUUGUGGGAAGUCCUAGCACUGUGGUGAAAAGCUUCUGUAAACUUGAAAACUAGAAAUGUAGAUUUUCACAGUGUGCUUAUUAAUAAAUAAAAUCUAUGGAAUGUUUUAAGAGAUAAAUUACUUCACUACAAUCACCUUUGUUUUGGAAGGGACUCAGGUUUUCUUACAACUAUAAAGAUUGGUUCUAUUUACAUUUUAUUUCAAAAAGAGGAGGACUGGAGGACUGUUACUGAUCUUACAAAGGCUAUUUUAAAAAGGUGGUCUUGAGAUUGACCCUGCAAAACGGCAAUAAAGAGAUGUGUAAACUUGCUAAUUUUAAAGCACAAAAGGUUACUUUUAAUUUAUUGUUUAAAUUUGAGCAUAUUUCUAAAAUGUCUCCUAUCCAAAUAUGCUGCCUUAUACCACAAUGGCUUCAUUUGUGAUAAUUAAGACACAUUAAAGAUACGUACCAGGAAAGA